AUGGCCGAUGAAGGGGUGUCGAGAAGGCGGCUUGCAUUCCGGCCGCCGGUUAAAUUGGAUGGCGACGAGAAUAGUGAAGCGGCUAGCACGUCGCAGGCGACGCAGCAGAAGGCUGAAUCGACGAUGACGGCGACGACGACGUCAGAAGCGUCGAGUGGCGAGGAAAUUGUGAAAAAGAAGACGGCGAAAUCGUGGACGCCCGACCACGUGUUGGCCUAUUACGAUGGCCUCAAAAUGUACGGAAAAGAUUUCGAAAGUGUUGCGAGAAUGUUGCAGAAGCGAAAAAUCGCGAAAGACAAAGACCAAAUCAAAAACUAUUUCUACAAUUCGCUGAAAGUGUUCAAACAGUUGUUGGCGAUCGACGAGGACGACAUGGGCGAUGUGCCAAAAGACGCGAAAGAGCUGUUCGUCGCGUUGAACGCGUGCGAAUGGAAAAAACGCACCGGCAACGCGAAAUUGAACGCAGAAAAAGUGCGCGAGCUUCUGUUCGACGGCCAAACGUCGGUGCGUGUGAAUCGCAAAACGAUUUUGAUCAAAACGCCGCCGUGUCCGAGUUUGGUCAAAUGGUUCACCAGCACUCGACGCGUCGACAAAAUUCCCAACGAGUUGACGAUCGUGUUGCGGCCGAAAUCGAACGGCGACGCCGCCCAUCUGAAGCAGUUCAUGCAGAACACGCUGGUGAAGAUGCGCGUGAGCACGAACGAGCGCAUAACGCGUCUGUUGGAGUUUCUCGAGCGCAAAUGGACGGCGAACGCGGUGAGAUUGUGGCCGAGUUGCGGCACACAAUUGGGCAAAUUGCGGAUUGUCGAGACCGACGUGUCGCCGUUCGUCGCCGUCUCGUUGAACAAACUGCGCAAAGAGGUUGAGAACGCGACGGCGAAGAAGAGGGGCGGCACACGCGAAACGCCGGAGCCCGUCAUUCAGCCGGCAUCAAGCAAUAUUAAUUCCAACCCAUCCUACAGCGUCGUCUAUCCGAAGCCGUUUGUGUUGAACGAUGAGAUCAUGAAAGACGGCAUAAGUGCGACGAAUUCGGAGAACGCGAUAUUCGCUGAAUUAUAUUGUGCGUGCGGAAUGACGGAUGAGAUCGAGAUGCGCUACGAGAUAAUCUGCGAGGCGCCCGAGUACGAGUUUCAGCGGCGCAAAGAGCCGUGGAUGGUGAUGGUGGAUUUGUUGAGUCGCGACUACGGCGAAGCGUUGUGUUGUGCGAGACGCGACGGCGGCGGCGAGACGGCGACGGCGGAGAAUCGGAAGCGCGUCGAGCGCGACGUUGUCGAUGAGUGCGAGCCACCGCCGCCGAAAAAGCCGGCGCCGCCGCCGACUGAGAUUGCUGUGGUCGCGGCGUCCGACGUCGUUCAACGCGAAAACGAUGAUUUUGCGAUGCAGAUAGCCAUGCUGAAAACGACGAAAGGGACGAAGAAGCCGUUGCAACUUCCACGACGCCGUCAGGACUCGGUGCGAUCUCAAUUCUCUGUGCCGCAACGAAUACCUCAAAAAUUUGUGCAGCCAUUAAAUACAUCCACGAAUUCUGUAAAUAAUCAAAAUACAAGUGUUUCGAAUAAUGUUCGUUUAGCUGCGAAAGCUGAGAUUGUUAAAGAGAAGAAAAUCGACUUCUCGCAUAAGUUGACUGCAAGUGUUCUAUUCGGUGAGGAUAUUUCGAUGUCGCCGUCGACGACGAAAAAAUCGGCGCCGCCGCCGCCGCCGUCGCGCGACGACGAAGGGUCUCGUUGCGAAUUGACGGAAAUAUUAUUUGGGGAGAUUUCGUCGACGCCAACGAAAUAUCCGGCGAAUCCGCAAGGCGGCCUCGGAUUCACCGAUGUUGAAGUCCAGCAGAGCUAUGAGGAUCUAAUAUCGAGCUCCGAGGAUAGUCGAGAUUUUGUGCUCAAACACUUUACCGGUCGAAAGUGUGCUCCGAAACGAAAGCUGUGA